AUGGCAAACAAUACCACCCUCAAACCACAGUAUUUCAUCACUCGCCAGAAUGGUGCCUUGGUCCCUCUGAUCGCCUUGGACGAGUUGCCAGCCAAUGUACAGAUCCGUGGUGUACCUCGAAGCCUCACAGCAUUCAACAUCGCCGGAAUGACACCACUUGGAUUCUGCGAGUCUCGUCACCAAUUCUACGUGGUCGAGGGGGUCAACAACACCAAGUCUGAUCACUUCAGUGGCGUGCUUCCUUCACGGGCUAGCAUACCCCAAGCCAGCAAACCAGUAGUAUCGUUCCCUACCGACCAGGCUACUUCUCCAUUUGUCCUCCCUGCUGCGUCACCUUUCCCAGAACAGCACCUGAACGACUCCUCCAGCAAUUCUACAAUCUCUUUCAACCAAUCAGCUGCCACUGCUACACGCACCUCAGCCAACCCAAGCGCCACUACAAGCCCAGAGCCUGCUGCCGUUCCUGCUUGGAGAAAGAAUGCAGCACCAGAAGAUGUCAAGCCACCAACAAGCGUUCCAAUCACUGGUCAGAAAGUCUACUGUUCGUACUGGCUCCGAAAAGGCGAAUGCGACUUUGCGCAACAAGGUUGCAUUUACAAACACGAAAUGCCAACAGACCUCGAGACCCUCCUGACAGUCGGCUUCACAGACAUCCCACUUUGGUACCGCCAGCGCCAUGGACUCGGCAGUCUUCACGUCGAAAACGGUCAAAGCAAACCAAGCUUCGGUAUCGUCGAUCCAAAUGCUGCAGCUAGAGGCUUCCGCGUGGGCGAUGAUGCCAAGCGAAUGAUCCGCAAUCAGCUUGGGUCUUCGUACCAUGGUCGUGGUCUUGGUGGAUUCAACAGAUUCAAUGGUCGCGAUGCCAAGAAAGCUGAACAAGAACGCGAAAACGAAAGAAAAAGCGAGGAGGAGAAAAUGGCGGCAGCCUUGAAGUUGGACGAGGCAGAAGAGAAGGAGCGCAAAGCUCUGAUGGAAAAGUACAAAUCUCUGAAGCCAGAACGCCGAUCAGUGCUCGUCGGACACGAAGAUCUCGCCAGCGACACAUUCAGCAAUGGAGAGGAACCCAAUGACCUGAUGGCGCAGAUCAGAAGGAAGGAGCAAGCUGGGUGGGAGGAGGAACAGGCCGAGCGUCUGGCUGCAGCCAGCGCUGAGGCUAGCAGCAACAAGACCACGACCAAGAAGGCCACUCCAGGCAAGGGAAAGACUGGCGCAAAGCGCGGCAGAGGUGGCGCAGCCAGAAAGAAGUAG